AUGAAUUCAUCAAAACUAUUCAAAUUUAUGGAACAGAAAUCAGAAGAUGUUAUGGAGAUCAUUGUGCCAGAGUAUAUCAAUCCUGAAUAUGGAAUGUAUGUCUGGCCUUGUGCUCCUGUUUUAGCUCAGUUUAUUUGGAAAAACAGACAAAAAGUCAAAAAUAAAAAUGUUCUAGAGAUUGGAGCAGGCACAGCACUUCCAGGAAUAAUGGCAGCUAAAUGUGGCGCUGAUGUGAUAUUGAGUGAUUCUGCUAGAUUGUUAGAAUGUCAACAGAACUGUCGUAGAACUUGUCUAGAUAAUAAUAUUAAAGAUAUUCCAGUAAUAGGCUUAACUUGGGGUGAAUUUAAUCCUAGUUUACUAGAACUUGGUAAUAUUGAUAUCAUUUUAGCCUCUGAUUGCUUUUAUGAAACUAAAGAUUUUGAAGAAGUUAUUGUUACAGUUAGUUUUAUUUUAAAAAGAAAUCCACUUUGUGAGUUUUGGUGUACCUAUCAAGAAUGA